CAACAUGAAGAUCCUGUUUGGUCUCGCCUUUCUUCUUUGCUUUUCAGUCAGUAAGUUAUUUUAGUCUUGUCCAAUCUGUUUCUUCUUGUUUAGCUUAGGACAUAAAUUCAAAGGAAAUUUGCUCUGUAGUUUCCCGCAGCGCCGUUCCCUUUGCUGGCGUCCUUUAUCUUCCGCAAGUUCUCGGAAUCAUGGGGUGUGGCUCGCCAUUUUGCUCACAUUCUUAUCCGCACGUUCCAGACAAACAUCAAUGAUUUUCACUCUCGCUUUAUAAAUUCAUUCGGAACGUAACGUUUGAUAAGAGUUUAAUAAGCCAGUGUAAUAUUAGGCCAGAAAUAAACGUGAUUAUAACCUCCUUUUUUUUGCAUUGGAGUAGAAUAAUUGUACACAUCUUCAACGGCUGUGUUAAGAAGAAUUUAGCACGGCAAUGCCGAACAAAGAGAGGGCGAUGUCGGCUAGGUACCGUAACUUCGUCGAACUUUGUGAUUGGUGUUGAUGAACGUUCUUUCAGUUCUGAUUUCCAAGGAUUCCAUGCGUGAUGAGCGUAUCCGUCGAUGAUUUUACGAAAAGCAAGAGUCGAAUUAAAAUGCUGUCCAGUUCUGUGAGAUUCUUUAGUCGAUUCCACGCACAAACGCGGGUCCUAACUUCCGGCAAGAAACGUAAAAAUAAAUGUAACAAGCAAAAAUACAGCUGGUUUGGUAUGAUUGGUCUCGAUUAUUGUGCGCAAGCAGGAUUAGAGCGGUUGUGCAGGAUGGAAGUGUCGCACCACAAACAAUCUCAUUUGCACACCAAACAUUGACACGUUCAUAUAUUACAACUGCGGAAUGCAGAAAUAAAUGCAGAGAAAAUUAUCACAGUUAAAUGCGCAACUUAAGCAGAAUUUUUCAGGCUUUCUUUUCGUAACUGCUUAAGUUGUGCAUUUAAAUGUGAUGAUCUUCCCUGCAUUUAACUAUUUAAACUCAACAUUGCUGCGCAACAAAUUGGACGAAACUUUUUGUAUUCAUUUUGUGAUCUCAAGUUUGCAAGAGGAACAGUAAAUGAACGCAACAUAAUUCGUUCCUCAUUGUUGUUGAUGUCGAUACUAUGAGCGUUCGCGUUCUUAGUGUAUAUCAUAGACUGUAAAACCAGCUUUUCUCUACAUACAAUCGGUGAAUGUUGUAUUCUACAGUAUUCAUUUCCGCAUCUAUAUAUAAAAAGGUAAGUCAAUACUGAAGUAAGUUAUUUCCUAUAACGAAGUGAAGAAAUUCUUGGUAAUUUCGUACAUUGUUGCAUGGACUUGAUGUCUCUUUGAAAGUAUUCGGAAACCGGGAAAAAGAUGCGCAUUCCAAGAAAGCACGCGGUCAGUUCCUGUUAUUUUAGUGCUCUGAAUCACCUGAGCGCCGUCCUUACGUAAUGUAAAAAGCGGUUUAUUGGAUUAUCGGUAUUAUAUGACAGGAGAGCAAACUCUUGUGGAGAAAGACUCUCCUUCCUAGAGGACAACGAAAAGUUCGUUUUUCAGUAGGUCGGCCCACUUUGGUGACGUUUCCCCUUUUCUGGUAGGCGCAACAAACACAUUUUCCGAGCUUAUCCAUCCAUUCGUAAAAUUGCCGAACUGUAUUUUGAAACAACAGCCGCAGAUUCUACAAUUUGUCCGAAGCGCUCGGCUCUUUCGGCUUUCUCCCUCUUCGAGGAGCAGGCACAGGCUUUGUUGUCGUACUGCCACUUCCACUCAUUUCUGAUCCUCGACUAUAUAUACCACCUUUUACUAUAUACACUACAUUUCACAGAGAAGCAACACUAAAAACUGCUUUAGAAUUAAUGUAUUACAGCGACGAGAUUCGAAGCCAAGUGCAGACAAUAACACGCGCUAUUCUACCUCGAAAUCAAUCACCGAGUGUAUCAAAUUCACAAAGAGGGCGGAGUUGCGAACAGAUUUUUGACAGCUCGACGACAUUUUUGAACCCCCUGGUCGGAACGAACUCAUUGUAUGGAAAACGUGUGAGGGUCGCGCGCUUCACUCGCGUAAGACUCUUACGCCACGCUUUACCGAUUUCUUUACUGAUUUUACACUCGAACGUGCAAUUAAACCUUUGUCAGGGGAACUGAUCGAACGUGUCACACAGAUAGCUCUUAUUUGGGGUUUCAAAGAGGGGGGAAGUAACGAAAACAAUAUCGUUUGUACCAGCGUUUUCGUCCCUCAGCACUUGAAUCUCCCUUCAUAUUCUCGAGCGCCUUUGCUUCCCAACAUAAGACUUUCACUUCCAAUUUUACGUUUCGGUAUGUAACUUCCAUUUUUUUUUAAAAAAAUAGGUAUGGUAGGUUUUGGAUAAAUUUUGAUCUUGCCGUUCUGUUUUUUUCGCUAGAGGUUUUGACCUUUGUGUCUAAUUAAUGCCAGUGCUAAUUAAAUGUUGACAGUUUUCCUUUAGCAUCGCAGACGAAAUUGAAUUGUGUCAGUCCUCUACAAGUUUGUCAAACAUUUCGUGCGUUUUUCUCCGAGAAAAGCUUGUCUGAAGAAAUGAGGUGAUGGGCAAAGGUUCAAUAUCCAUUUAAUACCAAAUGGUUUACGCGUCGGAAAACAAAAAUAUUGAAUUACUACUAUGGGAUAGUUGGGUGUGGCGGCCUUCGAGAUUCAGGCUGUGAAUUCUAUUUUUGUAUUUGUUUCUUUUUUCCAGGUUAUGCCCUGAAAUGCUACCAAUGUAUCUCUCUUAAGAGCUGGGAUGACUGCAAAAGCAGUGAAAAGGAGCUAACCUGUUCGGGCAGUCUGGACCGUUGUGCCAAAGUUAAUGUAAAAGCUGAGAGCUCAGCCGCGUCAGCCGAAGCCUUUGCCAAAGGAUGUACCACUUCAUCUGACUGCAGCAAGAAGAACUGCAAAUCGAUCUAUCCCUCAGUGAAAAUCACCAAAUGCGAAAUCAACUGCUGUGCAGGUGACCUGUGCAAUGGCGCCCAAGUACCAAUGGUCAGCGCCGUCAUGCUGUUGGCAUGCGCUAUUGUAGCUUUUGCUCGAUAAGCUAGAAGUCAAGGAACUGAAAUAUAGCCCUCCGUAGUGAAAGAAACAACAGCUCUAAAUAGACAUAGAUUUUUUUUAAUGAAGGGUUUUAAAGGAUGUUGUUAAUUUGAAUCUCAUUUGAAGUUUGAAGAAAAGAAGAUUCAUAUCAUGAGAGUUGAUCUUUAGCUUAGUUCUAUUUUGUUUUAGUUUUUCUAAUGCAGUG